AUGGCAUAUAAUGCCAAGAUAUUCAACGGCUUAUCCGUUGCCAUAGAGCACCGGUACUACGGGGUGUCCCAACCAUUUAACUCCCUGACCACAGAUAAUCUGAAAUACCUGUCCAGUGAGCAGGCAUUGGCUGACACGGCUGAGCUAAUUAUGUAUUUAGGUAAGCAGUAUAAAAUUGAUCAUGGUAAAUGGGUAGUGUUUGGUGGUUCGUACGCUGGUAACCUGGCUGCUUGGUUCAGGGAAAAGUACCCGGAUCUAUGUAAAGGUGCUAUAGCGUCCAGCGCACCGGUAGAGGCUGUGGUAGACUUUCCCGACUAUUUGGGAGUUACGAGUGAAUCGUUAGGUGCCGAGUGUUCCGAAAGUAUCAGUGUAGUCCAAGCACCUAGCUCAGAUAUUAAAGGCUUUUGCAAGUUAGCUACUGAUAGGACAGGUGGUGUCCUAGCGGUGGACAGUUAUGGUAAGGCGUUGAAAGAUCACGUGAAUGGACGGUGUUUUGAGUUUAAAUACGAUAAAUGGGUUGAAAAUGUUAAGGAAACGACACUAACAUCGGAAACUGUCACCAGGGGAACUCGACAAUGGAUUUAUCAAACAUGCACAGAGUUUGGUUAUUAUGGCACCACUAAUAAACCUGACACUCCAUUUGGUAAGGACAGCCUACCCCUCGACUACUUCACCCAACUCUGUACCGAUAUAUUUGGUCCACAAAUUACGGCACAAACUAUAGUUAAGGCGGUGGAGGUGACCAACAAGUACUACGGGGGCCGUCAACCAAACGUAACAAACGUGGUGUUCACUAAUGGUUCACUGGAUCCGUGGCAUGCCUUAAGCAUUACCAAGAACCUUAAUAAUAGUACCCUGGCAAUUACUAUUGAUGGUCAGUCCCACUGGACAGAUAUGUGGGAACCGAGUCCUGAUUUACCUAAAAGUUUGAGCGAUGCCUACGAUUUGAUUACCAAACAAGUGGACCAGUAUUUGAAUGCAUAA